AUGGCAAAACGCAUUCGCAAAACUCCCAAUGGAGUGCUAGACCAGAACACAGUGGACAAACUCCUGAAGGACACAAAUCUGGCUGUAGUGAUUGGCACUCACUCAUGGAGAGAGCAGUUCAUUGGAGCACUCACAGUCAGUGCAGGUGACGGAGAUGAAGAGGAGGGACAAGAGCAGCGAAGUCCGAACUGCUGCGACUAUUUCAUACACAUAGUGUGCGUUUUCUGGAAGGUUCUGUUUGCCUUCUGCCCGCCCACACAGUACUGGAACGGAUGGGCGUGCUUCAUAGUGUCAAUCUCUGUCAUUGGUUUCUUAACAGCCAUUAUUGGAGACCUAGCUUCCCACUUCGGCUGCACCGUCGGCCUCAGAGACACGGUCACUGCGGUGGUCUUUGUAGCGCUGGGGACCUCCCUUCCUGAUACCUUUGCCAGUAAAGUGGCUGCCACUCAGGACCAGUAUGCGGAUGCAUGUGUGGGAAACGUGACAGGAAGCAACGCGGUCAAUGUGUUUUUGGGCAUUGGGCUGGCCUGGUCCGUGGCUGCCAUCUAUUGGCAAGUCAAAGGUAAAGUCUUUCGCGUUGACCCCGGCUCGCUGGCCUUCUCCGUCACACUCUUCACCAUUUUCGCAUUCUUCGCUAUGGGAGUGUUGAUGAUACGCCGGAGGCCGUCUAUAGGCGGCGAACUGGGUGGCCCUCGAGUCACCAAAGUCAUCACUUCUCUGCUCCUCUUCGGACUCUGGUUCCUUUACAUCCUCUUCUCCAGCUUGGAGGCCUACUGCCAUAUAAAGGGCUUCUAAGAGAGCACAGCAGGGGAGAGAAGUGACUGCAGGAUCACAAA